AUGGAAAAUAUUAUUCAUGUUGAUGAGAAGUGGUUCUACAUGACAAAGCAGUCAGAGAAGUAUUACCUCCUGCCUGACGAAGACGAGCCUUUACGCACAUGUAAGAGUAAGACUUUUAUUACUAAAGUCAUGUUUCUGGCUACAGUGACAUGCCUAAGGUUUGAUGAAUCAAGGAAUGAAUUAUUUUCUGGAAAAAUCGGGAUAUUUCCUUUCAUAAAUAAAGAACCUGCAAGGAGGAGUAGUAAAAAUCGUUUUGCCGGAACCAUGGAGACUAAAACAAUCAAUUCUAUCAAUAAGGAAAUUUAUCGAUCUUACAUAAUUAAGAAACUCUUGCCGGCUAUCCGAGAUAAGUGGCCAAGAAUUGAUGCAGGAAGUCCAAUAUUUAUCCAACAAGACAAUGCGAAACCUCAUAUUGGUUUGGAUGAUGAGUAUUUUCAAAGUAAUGCUACUAAGGAUGGCUUCGACAUACGUUUGAUCUAUCAACCAACGAAUUCUCCAGAUAUGAAUGUUCUAGACCUUGGUUUUUUUAAUGCGAUACAGGGACUACAAUACCAACAGGCACCCAACUCUAUAGAUGUGCUCAUAGAGGCUAUUCAGAAGUCCUAUGAAGAACAACCUGCCAAGAAGAAACCUAAGAAGAGAAAAUCAAUGGAGCAGGGACUAGAAGGCGAGAAUGAUGGUCUUUUGAAUAGAUUGUCUGAAUCUAAUGUGGAAUCUUCCCCUUGA